AGAGGCCAUUUUGUACAGCGAGGCAGGCAGGCAAGGCGUCUGUACAUGUCUGUCUGUGUAUUUUCACGUCAGUUUAACAGGAAGCGUGCCAUUGUGCGUAUGAGAGCGAACAUUUCAGUGUUGGGGGGCGCGAACUAGCUGAGCAGUAGUAACAACACCCAAACCGAUUUCUUCACUUUCCUGAGCGUUCACUGUCCUUUCUACACUGUUUCCUCUGUGCAAUGGAUGGCAGGGAUCUGUUCUGCCUCUCUCUUCUGCUGUCCUGUGCGGCCGUACUACCAUGAGCACUUCUACCCAAUCCACAGCUAAUGGCAAUGAUAGCAGACAGUUUAAAGGAGAGGACUCCCUGUGGUCCUUCCCGAGUCCUCCACGUGUGGUGCCAGGACAACUCAUCUCUCUAGGAGUCCUCUCCCUCAAACCUGUUGAGAAAGGGAAAAACCAGGCUUUUAUAGAAAUGGCUUCUGAAGAGGCAGCGAUCACCAUGGUGAACUACUACACCACAGCAACACCUCACGUACGCAACCAGCCAGUCUACAUCCAGUACUCCAACCACCGCGAGCUCAAGACAGACAACCUGCCCAAUCAGGGGAGAGCUCAGGCAGCGUUGCAGGCGGUCAACGCAGUGCAUUCUGGGAAUAUGGCGUUGGGCGGUUCAGCAUCGGGCAGUGAUGGAGCCUUGAUGCCAGGACAGAGCCCCGUGCUGCGCAUCAUUGUAGAAAACCUCUUCUACCCUGUAUCACUGGAGGUCCUACACCAGAUCUUCUCUAAGUUCGGGACGGUCCUGAAGAUCAUCACUUUCACCAAGAACAACCAGUUCCAGGCCCUGCUACAAUAUGCUGACCCGAUGAAUGCCCACCACGCCAAAGUGACUUUGGAUGGCCAGAACAUCUAUAACGCCUGCUGUACUCUGCGUGUGGAGUUCUCCAAGCUGACCAGCCUGAAUGUGAAGUACAACAACGACAAGAGCCGAGACUUCACCCGCCUGGACCUUCCCUCUGGAGACGGACAGCCCACCAUGGACCCUGCUAUGACCGCCGCCUUCGGUGCUCCAGGUAUCAUCUCUUCGCCUUACGCUGGGGCAGCAGGUUUUGGCCCCGCGAUCGGGUUCCCCCAAGCAGGUCUGUCCAUGCACACGAUGGCAGGAAUGGGACCCCUCGUCUCGGGACGGAUGACCCUGCACGGCAUGGCGCCCACCGCCGUUCACUCUGUUCUCCUUGUCUCCAACCUCAACCCCGAUAGCAUAUCACCACACGAACUGUUCAUCCUAUUUGGGGUGUAUGGUGAUGUGCAUCGGGUCAAGAUUCUGUUCAACAAAAAAGAGAAUGCCUUAAUCCAGAUGGCCGACGCUACUCAGGCUCAGCUUGCAAUGUCCCACCUGAACGGCCAGAGGCUGCACGGCAAGGUGAUCAGAGUGACCAUCUCUAAGCAUCAGACGGUCCAGCUGCCCAGGGAGGGACAGGAAGACCAGGGCCUCACUAAAGACUUCAGCGGCUCCCCGCUACACCGCUUCAAGAAGCCUGGAUCCAAGAACUUUCAGAACAUCUUCCCUCCCUCUGCCACCCUCCAUCUAUCCAACAUCCCCCCGUCUGUAACAGAAGACGUCCUAAAGGACCUUUUCUCUGGACCUGGAUACACAGUCAAGGCCUUCAAGUUCUUCCAGAAGGACCGGAAGAUGGCUCUGAUCCAGUUGGGUUCAGUGGAGGAGGCCAUCCAGGCCCUGAUCGACCUCCACAACCACGACCUGGGAGAGAACCAUCACCUCCGCGUGUCCUUCUCCAAGAGCACCAUCUGACCCGCCUGAACCCCCAC